AUGUGCGCGUUUGUCAACACGUCCACAUCCUGAUUCGUCUACCCGUCGUUGCCUGCUCUGCCAUGCUCGCCACCACGCGCCCUUGCCUCUUGUCGCUUUCGCCUCGGCGCCUUCGCAGCGCCCCCUGUCACCUGAGCCUCGCCGUCUGAUACAUGCGCCUUGCCUCGUUCCUUUGACCGGUGUGCGCCUUUGUCAACACGUCCACAAUCCUGGUCCACCUGCCCGGCCGUCGCCUGCUGAGCCUGCACGCCACCGCCCGUUUUUCGUCUCGGCGCCUUCGCCUUCGCAGCCAAGCCCCCGCCCCUGUUCGCCGCCUCCGCGCCAGCCUGGUUCAGCUCACGCUCGCGCGCCGCCGCCUCCCACGCCGGGACUUAGUCGAUCUACCUCUCCUGUCUUGCCGAGCCGUUGCCUCCGCCUAGCUACCGUCAGCUUGCCGCCACCGUCCUCAUGUUCCAUCGGCCAUCAGAGCAUCGCCCAUCCAUGACGCUCGUCGCUUGCAACCUGAACCUUGUCGCUCCGGACUGCCCCGCUCACCAACACUCGACCAUGGUAGAUAAGUUUCCCCUCGUGUCCGCUGUCCAACACAGCCCCUCUCAGAGCCUCGAUGGCCCGCUUGGAGUUCGGUCUUGA